AUGACUUCCUCGCCGACGCCGCUCUUGCCACCCGCGGCACUCGAGAUACUGCCUGAUAUCAUGGCAGCGAUUGGCCGGACGCCCAUGGUCCGUAUCAAUAGCAUCAGUAAGAAGGCACAUCUCCAGUGUGAUCUACUGGCCAAGUGCGAGUUCUUCAAUGCUGGCGGGUCAGUGAAGGACCGUAUUGGCAAGCGCAUGGUGGAAGACGCCGAGGCCGCAGGUCUCAUUCGACCUGGUGAUACGCUCAUUGAGCCCACGUCUGGCAAUACUGGCAUUGGCUUGGCGCUCGCGGCUGCGAUAAAGGGCUAUCGCUGCAUCAUUACGCUGCCAGAGAAGAUGAGUUUAGAGAAGGUGACUCUGUUGAAGGCACUGGGGGCGGAAAUCAUUCGCACGCCUACGGAGGCGGCGUGGGACUCGCCAGAAAGUCACAUUGGUAUUGCUAGGAGAUUGCAGGUGGAGCUACCCAACGCUCAUAUUUUGGACCAGUAUGUAAACCCGUCGAAUCCUCUGGCACACUAUGAAGGCACAGCGGAAGAGAUCUUGGACCAGUGUGAUGGGAAAUUGGACAUGAUUGUUGUGGGUGUCGGCACCGGUGGAACGAUUUCGGGUAUUGCUCGGAAGCUGAAAGAGAAGUGUCCGGAAGUUAUUGUUGUCGGUGUGGAUCCGGAAGGAUCGAUCUUGGCUCAGCCUGAGUCGCUAAACGACAAGAACCGGUUGAUGCCAUACAAAGUAGAAGGCAUUGGCUACGAUUUUAUACCGGACGUACUUGACCGUGAUCUGGUAGAUGAGUGGCAGAAAACAAACGACCAGGAGUCGUUUAUCAUGUCCCGUCGGUUGAUUCGGGAGGAGGGGCUCUUGUGUGGUGGAUCGAGCGGUUCGGCCAUGGCGGCGGCCGUUCGAGCCGCUUCGAAGCUGAAGGCUGGCCAGCGCUGCGUCGUGAUUCUGUCGGACUCAACGCGUAACUACAUGAGCAAGUUUUUGAGUGACGCGUGGAUGUAUGAACACAAGUUUGUCGAAAACACGGUGCAUGCGCGUGAGAAUUACUCGGAAUAUCGCAAAGAAAGUGGCACGUGGUGGUCGGAGCAGCGUGUGUCGGUCUUGGGGCUGCCACAUCCUUCGACAGUGUCCCCUCAGCUCUCAUGCGCUGACGCUAUCGAGACGAUGGAGCGUCACGGGUAUGACCAGCUUCCUGUUGUGACAGACAAUGGUACUGUGCAGGGUGUCGUGACGAUUGGCAACCUGCUGUCAAUGCUAUCGUCUGGCCGCGUUACGCGGACGGAUCAAGUGGGCGCUGUGACGUUCGGCAACUUUAGCCGCUUGACCCACGAGAGCUCGUUGGCCGAACUUGCCUCUAUUUUCGACAAGGACUACUUUGCUAUCGUGACUUCAACUGAAGGCAAGAUUGCUGGUGUUGCGACGCGAAUUGACUUGCUCAACUAUAUCACCAGCGGUCGUAAGGAUUGA